CCAUCUUGGACAUCCACAACCUCACGUUACCUCACCCCCCUACCGCAACCAACCUCAACUCUCUCCUUGAUAUCUACAAACGACGCGAGAAAUCAUGGGCGCAAAGGUUCCGCGCAACUUUAGACUCCUCGAGGAGCUCGAGAAGGGCGAAAAGGGUCUUGGAGCAGAGGCUUGCUCCUACGGCCUGAACGAUGCCGAGGACCUCUUGAUGUCGGACUGGAACGGCACCAUUCUGGGCCCCCCUCACAGUGUCCACGAGAACCGAAUCUACUCCCUCAAGAUGCACUGCGGACCUAACUACCCCGAUGAGCCCCCCACGAUACAAUUUGUCAGCCAGGUCAACCUGCCCUGCGUUAACUCUCGCAACGGCGUUGUCGACCACAAGCAGCUUCCGUGCUUAGCCAACUGGAAGAGGGAGAACACCAUGGAGACCAUCUUGAUUGAGCUCAGAAGAUACAUGGCGGCCCCGGCGAACAAGAAGAUCCCCCAGCCUCCCGAGGGCUCGACGUACCAGUAACCUAUUUUCAUGAUUCCCCAAUAUGCUCGGAAAAGAAAGGACAUAGGGAGAACAGCCCGGCAUGAUUCUUGGUGCAAGUAGUAUGGCUCAAUGAUUACGACUUUUCCUGCAAACCAUGAUUGUUUCUCUUGAUCCAUGCUGUCGGAUCGUGCACGAAAACAAGCAUCUUGUCCGAAACUUACUGAAAUGGACAGCAAAACAUCAGGGCGACGGCACAGCCCGUGGGAAGGAGUCUAUAAAGGGCGUGAUGAUAGAUCUCGACACCUUAGGGUUAGGGAUUCAACUUCUUUCUUUCUACAUGCGGACGGACUCUCCGAUAAUCUCGACAUUGCACUUUUACGGGUCAAAUUUCGCAGCCGCCAUUCAUUGAUGAAGUAUUUUCUGUCUUAAUCGACCGAUAGGACCGGGAAUCAUGCUACUGUGA